AUGAGAUAUUCCCUAUUUUUUGAAUUAUUUUUUGUUUUUGUUUUGACUUGUUCGUUAGAUAUAAUAUGCUAUAAGAGGACAAGUAGCUUAAACUUAAUAACGGGUAUUAAACAGAUAAAAAAUAAAAGUAUUAAUAAAAGAAAUCGAUUAUAUUCCACUAAUGAAAACUUAAAAAGAUUAAAAUAUAUCAGAGAAGUUACAAAUGCAAGUAUCCAAAUAUGUAAUGAUGCAUUAAAAGAAUGUAAUAAUGAUGUUGAUAAGGCUAUAGAACUUGUUAGGAAAAAUACAAAAAAUGGAAGUUUUAUAUCUACAAGUGUUAAAACCCAAAAAGAAGGUUUGAUAUGUUCAGAUAUUAUGGAUGAUAAAAUAGUUUUAAUUGAAUUAUUAACAGAUUCUGAUUUUGUAGCUCGAAAUAAUAAAUUUGUUACUUUCCUUAAAAAUGUAUCAAAACUUUGUUUACAUAAUGAGAUUAUUCCAUCAAAUAUUGACAUCAAUGAUUCAGUAGAAAAUUUUGAUACCUCUUUAGUUGCAAUUGAUAAAAUUAUGCAAUCACCAUAUACAAAUUCCAAUGGUGAAAUAAGCGGAACAGUUUCUGAAGAAUUAAAUUAUUUAAGAAAUAUAUUUCGUGAAGAUAUAAAGAUUGGACGAUUUUCAAAAUAUGUCAAAAAAAAUGAAAAUGAAUUUUUACAUUUUUAUAUUCACAAUAUAGUUGAUGGAAAUAAUGUUGGAUUAUCUGGUGUUAUGUUAGUUAUAGAAAUAGACAAUUUAAAUGAAAACUUAAAAGCAAAAGAAAAAGAUAUAAUCAGCUUUGCAAAUGAUUUAUGUAUGCAUAUAAUAUCAGCAAAACCUGUUAGUGUUUCUAUUGAUAAAGUAAAUCAAAAUGUUGUAAAAAAAGAAAUGGAUAUUAUUCGAGAUUCGUUAAAAGAUUUAAAUAAACCCGAAAAUAUUGUUACAAAUAUGAUCAACGGAAAAAUGAAAAAAUUUUACAACAAUAUAGUGCUACUCGAGCAGGAAUAUAUGCUUGAUGAUACAAAGCGAAAAGUAUCACAGGUUAUCAAAGAUUUUUCAAAAAAUAAUAAUUUGACAAUAAAUGUAAAACAUUUUGAUAAUUUUAUAGUCGGAGAAAAAAAUAUUUUAAUGUAA